CAGGGUACACGAACGAUGUCUUCGACAGUUCGAACGAGAAGCUUGCGCAGACGAGACAGACUAGUUUCUGUUAACGAUAUCAACAUGGCUGUUUACAUGUCCACGCAACCGCUACUUUCAAAUCGUGGCUCGCACAUUAUUCUUAAUCGUACAGUCUUCGUAUUCUACGUGUGUUUGUUUCUGACGAGAGGAAGUACGAGUACUCCUCUGACUAACCAUUAUGUAAAUGAUGCAAAUUAUUACGACAUCUCUAGCAACGAUGACAGAUCAGAUCCCUUGGAGAAAUUUUACUUAAUUACUGGACAAAGGUGGCACGCAGAUACUGUGCUGCCUAUUCCUUUAUUGCCAUCUACAGAGGGAAUGUCUGCUAGGUCUCAUCAUAGGUACCAAUUUUUGGUAAACAGGAUCCCACAGUCCAUAACGGGACUGGAUGAUGCUGGAAUGGAUUUGCAAGCAGCUCAACUUAGUACCCGUACAGGUCAGGAGGUACGCUCCACUGCAAAUUUAUCAUGGCCAGAUUGGCAAUUGCCUAUGUUCGUAGUACUUUGCGCCAUCGGUGGCGCUAUUCUCUUUACAUUCCUGGUUUUGUUAUGGCUGCGGAAACAAAUGUCGCGUGAAAAAGAUACAGAGGAUGGUGACAGGAGAGGUUUGGUAGAGGAAGGUGCUGUAGGUCAUCCAGAAAAGCCUAUCAAGCCUGCAAAAGGAUCAAUUGAAUGGGUUCAUCAACCUGCAGCAAAACCAUCCAUUCAGUCUGUUCAGACUGUCCAAUCAGUCACACAAGCUACUGGUUUACCAGAGGUAAUGUCGGUGGCAAUACCAGAACGCAAACCGGAGCCAAUAUGUAUAAAAGCUAAAGGAUUAUUGGAACGACGUGGAUCAAGCGCAAGUUUGACUAUAGAAUUGGCACCUCCUCCGGAAAGUCCACCACACAUUGUCACGCCUACCCGCGAAUGUACCGCGGAGGAAUUUUUAUUAAGUGCCGGAAACGUUCUAUCAAGAGCCCAACUUAAAAAAGCAAUCAGUGAUCCAGCAUCAUUGCACAAAGAGUUUUGGGAGGUUCCUCUCAACUUACCUGAGAAAUUAGAUAUUUGUGGAUCCGGGGUGAAGAAUAGGUAUUGUUCCGUAUUACCAAACCCACAGUCAAGGGUGGUUUUACCGGGUUCUGCUGAUGAUCCUCUUUCUAGUUAUAUUAACGCCAAUUAUAUUCGGGGUUAUGAUGGGGAAGAUGUUCGCUAUAUUGCAACGCAGGGACCAUUACCUCACACUGUGGGUGAUUUCUGGAGAAUGGUCUGGGCAGAAAAAGUACCAGCGAUAGUUAUGAUGACGAAGCUAUACGAGGCCGCUAAAACAAAAUGCGAAGCAUACUUUCCGCUGGAUAAAAAUAAUCGCAUACAAAGUGGACCGUUUACCAUCAUCGUUAACUCUAUCGAUACGAGAGAAGGUUACAUAAUCAGAGAUUUAGAACUUCGAUACGAAGGAGACAGAAGACACGUGCAGCAUUAUUGGUAUGAUUCAUGGCCGGACCAUGCCGUACCUCAAGCUGCGGAUACCCUUGUUAGUUUAGCCGCAGAAAUAAAUUCUUUACCAGGUCCGGUUAUUGUUCACUGCAGUGCAGGAAUUGGACGAACUGGUUGUUUCAUAGCUUUAGCCACAGGAAUGAUACAGCUAUUAAGAGAUGGAAAUGUUGAUGUAUUGGGUAUUUUAUGUCAAAUGAGAUAUGACAGGGGCGGUAUGGUUCAAACGGCAGAACAGUACGAAUUCGUUCAUCGUGCACUUUGUCUGUACGAACAGACGCUUGAUGGUGGUAAAGCGUCGAGUUCAGGGGAUUGAAACCAUAAAUAACGCGAUUGUGGGAAUUGAUAACAGUUCACUAGAAGAAAAAAUUUGUUUGAGAAUUACUAUGAAAAGAUUUACGAAACGACUAUGAGAUAUUGUCUGCAACAUAUUACUUCGUCCAGGUGUGAAUAUCUAUACCAUGGAGGAAAUUCUAUGGAAAGAAUCUCAACUUUAGACCAGCGGAUGUCUUAUCUGACUUUCAGCUAUUCAAGAUGAGUUAUGUCUCACUAAAUAAGCUGCCAUUUCUAUACUGCCAUGACGAAUCGUUGACAAUUAAUAUCAGUCACAAAGCUCAAGACAAAGAUAAACGGUUUAUUGACUCAUGUUCUAAAGAAUACGAUAUUCUUAAACGGAAUUAAAACUGUUUGACUAAUGAAAAAAAAACAUUUCAAUUUGACUCA